AUGGCUUAUGAUGAUGGACGCGCGCUCUUCGCUGGUAGAACGACAAGUGCUAUUGAAUACCAGAAUCGUGUUCUCAUACUAGUUGGUAUACGCGACAGUCAAGUGUUCGAUGCUCUCAUGCUCUUCUGCAAUAUGAUUGUGAAGACGCUAGUGGAUAAGAAAACCAAAGCAGAAAAAUGGCUGAAAGAUAAACACACUGUCACUCCACAAGCGAAGGAAAUGUUCAACAGACAAGUUUGGAGUGCUACCGUGUGCAGAGUGCGUAAGAGUACAGACUCUGUGUUCUUCGUCGACGACUAUGAUGGAGUCACAAUUGAAGAAGAAGAUACUGACAGUACAUGCAGAAAUACGCCUCUACUGGCACAAGGUGAAUCCAAAAUGCCAGAUCACCUUCAUCGUUGA